GGGCGGGCCACGCGUCCCAAAAGGCUGCCAUAAUUUCUCUGGUUGCUCUUUUUCGCAGGAGAUCUAGAAAUUACGAACAAGCUUGAAUUAUCAAUACAAUGUUCCGUAAUCAAUACGAUAACGACGUUUCCACUUGGUCACCUCAAGGCCGUAUCCAUCAAAUUGAAUAUGCCGUCGAAGCCGUCAAACAGGGCUCAGCAGCUAUUGGUCUGAGGAGCAGUAAAUACGCCAUUCUCUUGGCUCUCAAGCGUUCUUCGGGUGAAUUAGCUUCCUAUCAGAAAAAGCUCAUCAAGAUUGACGAUCACAUGGGCAUCGGUAUUGCCGGAUUAACAUCAGAUGCUCGGGUAUUGAGUAAUUUUAUGCGUACCGAAGCCAUGCGCUCCAAAAUGCUUUACGACCGACCACUUCCCGUGCAACGCAUUGUGUCCGCCAUUGCCGACAAGGCGCAGGUGAACACGCAACAAUACGGUCGUAGACCUUAUGGUGUGGGAUUGCUUGUGGUUGGUCACGAUGAAACUGGGCCCCAUUUAUUUGAAUGCUCUCCUGCGGGUACCUGCUUUGAAUACUACGCCAUGUCCAUUGGUGCACGAUCGCAAUCCGCCAAAACAUACCUUGAAAAACAUCAUGAAGCUUUUGCUGAAGCAUCCCUGGACGAGCUGAUCCGUCACGGUCUUCAGGCGCUUCGUGACACCCUACAGCAGGAUAAGGAGCUCAAUAUUCAUAACACUUCGCUGGGUGUAGUAGGCGUGGAUCGCGAUUUUGAGAUCAUUGAAGGCGACGCAUUACAACAGUAUCUCGAUUUGUUAGGAGAAGAGACGGGCAGAACACGUCGUACGGGAGGAGGAGUGACCGCUUCAGAAUCGGUGGCUGCCGAAAGUGCAAGAGAAGAUAGUAACACCGAAGUGGAUCACGGUGAUGUCGCCCCCAUGGAUACCGACGAAGCUUAAAUUUAUUUCAAAUAAAAACCAAAAAGAACAAUUGUGUGUUGAAAAAUAAUAGUACUCACGGUUGCUCUUUUGACGUGUCGUGUACCGCACUGUCCG